ACCCGGAAGAGAAUUUGCUAUGGGUUCCCUUGGGAUUUUCAAAAUGAGGUUUUUGAACUUAUGAGAAAAAUAAGGUCUGUGGUAAACAUUACUUGAAGAUGCGUGGACGUUUUGUUCUACAACAUAGAUUUCACACAGUUAUACUUCAAAUGUGAAUUUUAAAGCCAUAUUGAAUUACAGUUGAAAUCAGAAGUUUACAUACACCUUAGCCAAAUACAUUUAAGUUUUUUUAACAGUUUUUCACAAUUCCUGACAUUCAAUCGCAGAAAACAUUCCCUGUCUGAGGUCAAUUAGGAUCACUAUUUUAAGAAUGUGAAAUGUCAGAAUAAUAGUAGAGAGAAUGAUUUAUUUCAGCUUUUAUUUCUUUCAUCACAUUCUCAGUUUACACACACUUUGUUAGUAUUUGGUAGCAUUGCCUUAAACAAUUUAAACUUGGGUCAAACGUUUUGGGUAGCCUUCAACAAGCUUCUCACAAUAAAUUGCUGGAAUUUUGGCCCAUACCUCCAGACAGAACUGGUGUAACUGAGUCAGGUUUGUAGGCCUCCUUGCUUGCAUGUGCUUUUUCAGUUCUUCCCACAAAUUUUCUAUCGGAUUGAGGUCAUUGUCCAUUUUGAAGACCCAUUUGUGACCAAGCUUUAAAUUCCUGGCUGAUGUCUUGAGAUUUUGCUUCAAUGUAUCCACGUAAUUUUCCUUCCUCAUGAUGCCAUCUAUUUUGUGAAGUGCACCAGUACCUCCUGCAGCAAAGCACCCCGAAAACAUGAUGCUGCCACCCCCAUGCUUCACGGUCGGGAUGGUGUUCUUCGGCUUGCAAGCCUCACCCUUUUUCCUCCAAACAUAACGAUGUCAUUAUGGCCAAACAGUUCAAUUUUUGUUUCAUCAGACCAGAGGACAUUUCUCCAAAAAAUGAACGUGGUACCUUCAGCUGUUUGGAAAUUGCUCCCAAGGAUGAACCAGACUUGUGGAGGUCCACAAUUUUUUUUCUGAGGUCUUGGCUGAUUUCUUUAGAUUUUCCCAUGAUGUCAAGCAAAGAGGCACUGAGUUUUAAGGGGGACUGUAGUGAGGACACCCUACCUGUUCACAUGGAGCUGCUAUGCAGUUUCCACAGCCUCAUCUCCUCUGUGGAGCAGCUUCAGUCCAGCUUUCUGCUUAACCCAGAAAAAUACAAUGAUGGAGAGCUUGCCACACCACCCCGCAGACUGCUUGACACACUCAGGCAGCUCAAUCCUAUGUACGAGGGCUACAUGCAGCAUGAUGCACAGGAGGUACUGCAGUGUAUUCUUGCAAACAUACAGGAGGCCUGUGACACUAUUAAAAAAGAGCAAAAAAGCAACCAAAAGGACACUGCAAUGAGUAAUGGAAUAGGUGUGUCCUCCCUCGAGGAGGAUGGAAGCUCUGAUGGUCAGCUGAGCGGAAAAAGAAAGAGCGACACUGAAGCAGGCAACGCAAAGAAAAAGCCGAAAUCUCAGAGCAAGUCCAAGAAAAAUGAGGAAAACGUGCCUAUGACCCGCUCAAAGAGAAGGUCUUCCAGUGACAUAACCACAGAGAGUUCUGUUAUGGACCAGAAGAAUGGAGAUGAAGAAUGGGAAGAGAAGGAGAGAGGGAGCACCACAGAGGAAGAGAAGAAUUACAGUCCCCCCAAAGAGGUGGGCAAGAGGAUGAGAAGAGGGAAGCUGGGCUGGUUGAAGCCGUCAGGGAAGCAGCCUAGCAUCUUCUCAAAGUUCCGCAGCAUGGGACGAAUAAGCUCACAUAUUGGAGGGAGAGGAGAUACCAAGGAGAAAUCAGACUGUAGUACCCAAGAGAAGCAGGAAAAGGACAUGCCUGAAAAUGAAAGCAAAACUCAAGAUGCUAAACUGAGCCUUGGAAAGAAUGAAGAGCGUUCAGGCUUGGAUGUGCUGAAGUGGAUGUUCCAGGGUCAGCUGGUGCUGCGGACACGCUGCCUGGAAUGUGAGUGUUACACAGAGAGAAGGGAGGACUUUCAAGACAUCAGUGUGCCUGUGCAAGAAGACGAGACCAGUUGCUCUGACCCCAAUUCUGAGAUUUCUCCAGAUCCAAAGCCUGAGCUAAAGACUCUAAAGUGGGCCAUUUCUCAGUUUGCAUCUGUGGAGCGGAUUGUGGGUGAAGAUAAAUAUUUCUGUGAGACCUGUCAUCACUACACAGAAGCUGAGAGAAGUCUUCUGUUUGACAAAACCCCAGAGGUUGUCACAAUCCACCUGAAAUGCUUUGCUGCCAAUGGUUCUGAGAUGGACCCCUAUGCUGGCCUUUCCAAGGUGAACACCCCUCUGCAGACUCCUCUUAGACUUUCCCUGCAUGAGUGGUGCACUCAGCCUGAUGCUCCAGACCACAGCCAUCACUACGAGCUCUUCGCUGUGGUCAUGCACAGUGGAGUAACCAUCAGCAGUGGGCAUUACACCACGUACAUCCGUAUGGUGGAUCUCUAUCACACUGAUCUCAAGCCUCAGUCUCAGAAUGAAGAGCAAGACAGAGAGGAGGAUAUAAAACAGAAGAAAGAGGAGGUACCUCAAACAGAUUACGAUGAUGGGGAGGUGUCUUUCAGCUUGAGUGGCAGGGGGAAAAAUGUGCCCAAAAGGGCCAGCAUAACAAGCAAAGCAGGAGGUAAGAGGUGCUCUGAGGGCGUAGGGCUCUUAGGAGGACAAAGGAGCAUCACCAGUUAUGAGCUAGCCAACAGCAAGCAGACCAAUACUGAGAAGCCUACCAGUUUGGCCAGCUGUGUCUCUGGUACUCUGCUUCAAAACGUUGGAAUGAAGAAAGAGACCAGGGAAGAGAGUGGUGAUGCUAUGAUCGAUGGGACCCAGAUAAACGCUAACCUUGCUCUGCAGAACCUUUUGGACUUUGAAGGAAAGUGGAUGCUGUUUGAUGAUUCAGAAGUAAGACUCUUUGAAGAAGAGGACUUCCUGCGAGCCUGUUCCCCAGAGACGUGCUCCACCUCUACACCCUAUUUGCUUUUCUACAAGAGAGUCUCUCAGUAAAAACAGGCCAUUGGAUAUUGACAGAAACUGUGGUAUUACACUGGUCCACUCAGUAAUUAAGUUUUACUGUUGAGGAAUGGACAAUAGAGUAUGUUCGCAGGUCUUUAGAAAAGCAAGUCAGGAUAUGUGUUGAAAGUUACAUAGGCUUGUCUUACAAGUGUCAGUCAGUGAAAAGCCUGUGUAAAACGUUUGAGGCCAUGAAAUUUGUUGCCAUUGUUUAUACAAGUAUGAUUUUUGUGUCUUACUAUUUUUGUACUUUGAUCUUUCCUUGUUGUCUGCUUUUGAGUGACCCUCAAGCAAACAUACCUUGGCACUUACUGUAGUGCAUGUGACCAAUUUUUUCUGUACUUUCAACUAUUCCCUUAAAAUGCUUUGAUGAAUGACACAAACUGAUUAUAUAUAUAUAUUUUU